AACCUAAUAAUAAUGAUAAUAUAGAAACUCGUUUUCCUUAGAAAACGUGUUUCUAACAGAAUCAAACCCGUUCGACUAGGUUUCCGUUAGUUUUAAUCUUUAGCGAAUUAGAACACACUGUAAAAUGUGAUCAUAGAUCCAGUUUAAAUUCAUUUUAGAAAUUUCGUUACCAUCAUCUUCCAUCAAGCCUUUCACCUUUCAGAUUUUACUUUGAAGCUAAUUAGUAUAAAUUAUGCUGUGAUCUGUUUGGCCCAAAAUGGAUUUUCAACGACCUAGAAUAAAUUAGAAACACAAGAAUCUUGUGUCCUAUGUGGAACUAAAUGUGUAGUUCACUGGCCUAUGACCAGGUGAAACUUAACCUAAUUAAGAAUCCAAAUGCAACCUAAAUGUAAAAUUUAGUGGCCUAGGUGAAACUGAAAAGAGACUCUAAUUUGUGAAAAAUCAACAAGAGACUUUCCUGACCUAAAUGCAGUCAGAGUACUAAAGUGAUUUCUUAAGCAAUUUAUCUGUGAUUUUUAUGAUGUUGGAGUUGUGGCUCUUUACUUCAUGGAACUGUUGAUUUAAGUUGUAUCAUCAGGAAGCAUUUGAAACCUCUUCUUUUCUGUGAUUUCAGGUCAUAAAAGCCUUUGGUUAUCCAGAGUUCUUCAAUGUCAUUUUCCCGAUAUUGUCUGGGAUGUGCAGCUCAGCUGCUGUCAAUAAAUCAGCUCCUCCACCUAAGAUAAAUCAGGCUGCUAAAGCAGAGCCAGCUGACGAUGAGGAGUCCAAUGCUCCAGUGGAAAAAGUCCUGAGUUGCAUCAUGUCUGCCGUUCACGUUGCAAAGGUUGACGAUAUUCUUCAACACAGAGAGAAUUUGAUGCAAGUGCUCUUGGUUUCCUUUGCACCGGGGUUUCAGUGGAUAGUUAAAAUGGCGGCAUAUUCACUAGUGAAGGAAUUAUGCUCAAGGUUCGACAGCAUCUUAAAUGAGAACUCUGGCCAUCCAUCUCAGCACGACAGCAUCACCUCAUUGAUUCAGGAGCUGUUUGUUUCCUUAUCACCAAAGGUAGUUGAAUCAAUAGCUACUGUAAAGAUUGGUCAGGUUCACAUUGCUGCAUCGGAGUGCCUCGUGGAGAUCGGGAAACUGGCCUGCCGUGUUUCUGCGUUGCAGUGGGCGGAUGUUGGGUAUAAAGAAGAGCUGCUUCAUCUGUACGAGGUUGAAAAGAACCAGGAAGCCAAGUCGCACCUGAAGAAAUUCAUGGCCAUGUUUCAAUAGUUGCUCUCUUUCCGCCUUGUUUUUACUUAGCUCGGAACAGUAACUGGAGAAACCCUUUUGGUAAUCACACCAUAUGAUAGAACGAAUAAUACAUCAUUCUUACUAAAAUGCAUACAUUGUCCAUAAACGAAGUAAGGAUCAAGUGGCAAAAUAGCUCUUUAGUUACAAACUAGUGUCAGCCUGUUUACGGGUGGAAAUGGUUUUAUGGUCCUUAUCCAACUGAGUUUCUGGACACAACAUACAAGAAUUCAGGCAUAUUUUAAACUCAUACCCUUGUCAUUGGUUCCUUUAUCGGAGGUUGUACAGGAAAAAUCAGUUGUAGCAUAUUUGAACUUUGAUAGAAGGUUUAUCGAUUGGAUUAUUGGUAUGAUAUUGUUUUUCAGACCUUGCUUAAAAGUGGGUUAGUAAGUUUAAUUGGGAGUGUGUAAUUCACAAUUGAACCGAACGUAUCCUGAUUCCUUAGCGUUUUUGGUACAUUUGAGUGUAAUUAUAAUUCUACAAACAAUUUUAAUGACAAAAAAAAUCAAAUGCUUUGAGAAGUAGAAAGUAUUAUCGAUAAAAGUAGGGCUUACCCGAAAUUCUUUUUUACUUUCCUAACGCAUUUUUUUUUUGUCAAUGAACUAAAUCGAACAGAGAUUUUACAAAUAAGUUUGACAUAAUUUGUAACAAAUUAUAUUAACUUACAAUUACUCCUAACGCAACACAACUAUAUUUCAAAAUUUGUUCUUUGAAUUAAUUGGUACUUUCGGUGUAUAUUGUAUACUCACUCCAUAUUAGAGUAAUAUUUCUUCUCUUAAACUGGACUGAAAGAGAAAUGAAAGUGUAUAAAUAAUCAUGUAAUACUUAAUGAAAACAGAUGAAAAUAUUACGUUAGCAGUAUGAAAGUGUACAUGUAGUACCUACUAAUAACUCUUGUUCUUUAUACAUCUAUCUAUUUUCUUCUUUCUCGUGGAGAAGUGCAUAAAGUUUACUUUUUCUGUGCAUAAAAGUAUGGAAUUUGCUACGAUGACAUGCAUGUUACCGUGACAUAGAUUUUUCGGUCGACGUAAUAUUGAAGGAGGUUGACCGAAUUGACUAAUUCAGUUAUGUGAGCUUCAGAGACGCUGUCGACCGUCUGUAUAAAAUGGUCGACCUCUUUGGGAUCGAACAUAAUGAAAGGUCGACCCAAAUACCUCAUAGGCCGACCCUUUUGCACCUAAUAGGUCGACCACAUUAGUACGAGGUUGACCGCAUGCACACCGUAUCCGUAUUGGAUAAGGAUUCCAACACCAGAAAGGUUCCACAAUUGGACAAGAAAACGAAUUGGGUCGA